CAUCCUCAGCAUGGCUGUAUCAUACCGGGAGCCGCUCUCUGAGACGGUGGGAAAGCGCAUGGUCGUCACAGGUCCAGACUACAUAAAAGAUCACUUGGCUAAAGUUCACCAGCAUACCACCUAUAUAGGAGAAAAGCGCCCAGCAUUAGAGAAAACCGGAGAUCUUAAGUAUUUAUGGAGAUCUGCCCUAAACCGAAGCCUACCAGCAAAAUAUAAACAUGAGUAUGUUGGUGAAGUUGGAUGGGGGAUACCAGAGUACAGUUUCAUCAACAGAUCAAGACUGGAGAGUGGCUUUCACAUCAAGGCUGGAGAACUAAGUCGUUGGCAGACUGACAAACUAAGCCACCGUUAUCAAAACCCAUGGCAACCGAGGCCUUCAGUCCUGGAUAAGCAGAGAGGAUACAGUCGUGGUUUUCUUGCCUGGAAUAUGAGUGAUUACGAAGACUCCGAACAGAGACACUCCAAAAGGGCUCUUCUUGUUCGAGAGAGUAAGUCACCAAGGCCCGUUCUGCCCAUCAAGCUGCCCAAGCUGCCAAGGAAGGAAGAGAAGAAAAGGAAACUCAAGCCCCAGAGUAAGAAAAAAUCAGAGUGCUUCUAGGAGAAAAGAAGAUCAUAAUAGCCCUGAGUACUUCUGCUACCCCUGGGGACAGACAUCCUGCAAGAGCAUGCUUCAGUUAAGGGCCAAAUAAAGACUUCUAUGAAAGGCAUUGCCAGUUUUUACACCAUCAACAUUGUCUGUCACUGACACAUUCCAAUAAAUACCUGUUCACUGGUGUUCCAA